UUUACUGGUUUUAAACACUUCAUCGUUCUCUCUUCUCUCCUUUUUCACAUUUGCUGGGCAAGCUUGCAACUACAUAGCGCACAACCACCAUCAUGACCACCCCCCUCUCUCUCUUCUUUUCUCUUCGACAAUCACCACCAUGACCCCUCCGCUGACUUUUCAAACCGUUUCCUCGGCAAGGUUGCAACCACAUAGAUUUCAACCCUCUAUUUCUUCUUUUCUCUUCGGCAACCACCACCGCGAUCCGUCGAAUUUUGAGAAUGUCGCAUCCCAAGUAGUGCGUCUCCUCAUGGCUUUGGUGUCCCUGAGUUACUCUCCAAGCUACUCUUUAUGGCUUCUAUUUUUAUAUGUCGACUCCCAAUAUCUUUGACAUGUACCAGGCCGAAGAGGAAGAGGAAGUCCCUCAGCUUCAACGGAGGUCAAAGAAACGAACUGGUGAAACCAGUCAAGGCCCUUCAGCCAAGAAGAGUCGACCAGAAGACCUUCCUCAGGGCACACCACCCGGUCAAAGUCCUGCGCCAACUGGGCGAACUCCUACCCCUCCUCCAGCUCCUUCUGAACAGCAAAACACCCCUGCUCGGUCCAACCCUCCACCUGCGCCUGCUAGGGAGCAUCUUUCUCGCGAAGAGGCUCAUGAGGCCAGGCUCGUGAGCCGUACUAUUCGAUCCGCUAAGGAUCGAAUUGAACACAUAGGCAAAGGUGAGCGUGUUGGGGCCGCCAUGAUCCAAGCUGUAGAGCUACCAGUCGAUCAGAUCCUGAAUAGGGCUCUGAACGAGAUCUCCAGCGCCUUACUUUCUGCCAUUACUGCUCGUACCCGAGCCCAGGCCUACUUUGAACAGAUUGAGGCCAAAGUUCUCGAGAAACAUCAGGUGAAGGCGACUGAGGAGCUUUCGGCUGCUGAGGCCAAACAUGCUAAGGAGUUGGAGACGGUGGUCCGAGAGAGGGAUGCAGUGGUGACCAAACUGUCCGCGGCUGAAGCUGCAAAGGAUGCAGCGGUUAAGCUGAGGGAAGAGUACCGGUCGUACAACAAAACUCAUCUCCGCGAGAUCAAGCAUCUGGAGGGGGUACAAGACUAUUGCCACUCUCGAGGGCAAGGUUCAGCAGUUGGAGCUUGACAACUCCAAGAGUCUGGAAAAGUACAAGAGGACGACGCUCCGAUGUUUCUAUAACUUCUGGAAACAUAAUCAGGGUGCUGACUUUAGCUACCUUUCAGAGGAAGUCAGAGUUGCGGAGUUGGCUCGGUGCGCUGCUCAACUGGCUGAAGAGGAGGCGAGAGCUGCGACUCCUGCAACCCCAAGCGUCGUUGGUUUGGAUGAAGAAACCAUCGAGGAAGAGACUGACCAGGUUGUUGCCCAGGAUCCUCCUGCCCCCCAUGCCUCUUAAUUUAUUUAACUGUUUUUCUUUCUUUUUGAACAUGCGACCCACGGGUCGCAAUGUAAAGACAAUAGUUUCUUUUUAAACUUUGCUGCACGGGCAGUAAAUCUCUUUGUUCGAACAAUUACAUUCAAGCAGCAAUGCUUGUGGUGUAAAAACUUAA